AUGCCGCCCCGCGGUAUCGGCACUCCUAGCAGAAGACGCGGAUCUUUAGAAUCUUCGCACAUCGAUGAUGAAAAUCCAACCGUUGAAACGCCAACCGUGGCAUCACCCGCACGAGCUCAAGAUGAAAAAUGCCAGGAUAGUGAAGGGGAAAACCCAUCUGUCACUGAUGGAGCAGACGAAGAUUAUCAAGAUAAUGUUGUUUCAGGCAAAACGCGCAUCAAGGUAAAAACUUCUCGGAACCUGCGUUCGACUGCAAGCAAACAGGACUCAGCACAGUUGGGAUCGCCGACAUUGAGUCAAACUGAGACUCCGAAUCCAAAGAAACGAGGCCAUGAGAAACACGAAGAUGAAGUCGUACGUCCUGGGAAGCGCGGCAGGAAACCUGCAGUCCAGACGGAGGUGAAGAAUUUUGAGACGACGAUUUAUGGAUUACUGGAUGAUUUUAAAUCGAAGGCUCAUGGCUUCGAAGCUUCCAAAACUAAGAACCAGGAAUUGCGUCUUCAAUUCAAUGCUCUCAAAAAGGAGCAUAAGAAGGCUCAGCAAGCACUUCAUCAUCAGGAAGAAUUAGAAGAGUUGCAGAGCUCAAAGAUCGACCAGUUGCAGAAUGAGUGUCGCAGUUUGAGAAGAAUGCUAGAAAAAGCGAUCGAUGACGCCAGACAGGACUCUGGCAGAUAUACCAAGUUUUCAGAUUCUGAUAUAACCACAGAAUGGGGACAAUUAGCUUUCAACGUUCGUGGUCUGGUUACUCAAUGUUUAACCAAACGCCCCGUAAAUGAAUGCGAUAGCAUCGAGACUCUGAUGAGACAGCUUGGAAGACGCUCGUCUCUAUCAGUCUGUGACAUUGCAAGCCUACGAGUGGCUGUUCUUCGACGACUGAUAUGGGAGAAGGUCAUUCUCGGUGUAUUAUUAGGGAAGCGGCCCAUCUGGCACGGAGCGGCUGGCCAACUGUUAACACAAAUCGUUUCUAUAAAGGGCCAAAAACAGCCCAAUAACCCUCAUUGUCUCGAGAUGAUUAGCCACAUGAAAUUGAGAGCGAUGAACGACUUCAACGAGGAGCCUCAACUUGACGAAACAACUAAAGAGGCUAUCAAUGGUUUGAUUGAUGCUACCAGAUUGUCGCUAUGGCAAUUUCUUCCGAGCUGCGAGGUGGAAAAUUUUCAAAAAAGAACAAUGGAUUUGACUAUGGCCGCGAGGAAUCUCCAUACGAUGAUGAUGAAGUCAAAGGCCAUUUUCUUUCUGAGGUGGCUGGGGGAUGGUGAUGGCAAGCAGCUUGCGCAGUAUGACCCGGAGUCAAUGGAAGCUAUGCAGAGCCAUAUGGACGCUCACACAUUGCAAAAUGAUGUAGAGUUUGUCGAAGCACCAGCCUUGGUAAAAUAUGGCAACGCAGAUGGCGAAGGCUUUGAGUUCAGUACGACUCUUUGCAAGGCUUCGGUCGUACUCCGAGACGUGGAAAUUAUAUCGACUUCGGAGGAUGAAACGAUGCCCAGCACGGCAAGCCAUGAUAAGGCGUCAGAUGAUUUGAGCAACGCGGCAACUAAAAUAAAAUCUGAGCCGGAACAAUAA